ACUUAAAAUAUUAAUGCAAGCAUCUCAAAUAUCAGAUUGAUAAAACAAAUAAGAAGCAUAAUUUUAAAUAUUUUAAUUGCUUAAUCCUGAACUACACCAAACCUUUACUGUACCAAUUUUUAUCCUUGGGGAACAUCUAAAUCUAGUAAUAGCUAACUUUUAAUUUACAAUCAUCAAUUUAUGUUUUGUAAAAUAAAAGGAAAAGACUUCGAAAAUCUUACUCUUCUGCAACACUCUUUUAUUUAAUUUUGCAAUUCGGCACGAUUUUAGUUUAAUCGAUACCAUAAGCUCCACAUUAUUUUUUAAAUCGACCUGACUAAAUACAAAAACAAAACGUUUCAGUUUUUGGCAGUGGCACCGCUUAUGUCAAGUUUCUUCAGUCUAUGGCCGCUUAUUGAUUGGUCGACGAGGAGAUGUAAAAAAUGGCUGCCUUGCCUUCUCCUACUCAGGUGGCAGGGACCCACAGCGCUAUAUACGAAGCAUAUUAUCAUCAGGUGGAUCCCAAUGGCGCUGGCACAAUCCAGGCACUGGAUGCCGCUCGGUUCCUCAAAAAGUCCCGGCUCAGUGAUGUGGUGCUCAGUAAGAUAUGGGACCUCUCCGACCCCACCGGCAAGGGAUACCUUGAUAAAUCGGGACUGUUCGUGGCGCUGAAGCUGGUGGCGCUGGCGCAGGCCGGCAAGGACAUCAACAUGAGCAACAUACACUCGGAGGCGCCGCCGCCUAAAGUCGGCGAGCUGCCGAAAGUGCCCCCAGUGAGCGCGACUCCGCCGGCGCGGCCCGCGGCGCCGUCGCCCGCGCCCGUCAUGCCCCUCAGCGACUGGAGCAUGAAGCCUGCCGAGCGCGACAAGUACAGCCAGCUCUUCGACUCGCUGCAGCCCAACAAUGGACUCAUCGCGGGGAACAAGGUGAAAGGCAUGCUUAUGGAAUCAAAGCUGCCUAUAGACACGCUUGGUAAAAUCUGGGACCUCGCCGAUCAGGACAAAGACGGCAUGCUCGACAGACACGAGUUCAUGGUGGCGAUGCAUCUGGUGUACAAGGCGUUGGAAAAGCACGCUGUGCCCACGACGCUGCCGCCCGAGUUACGUAUGGUGGGCGGGCGGCCGGCGCGCCCCCCCUCGCGGCCGCCCUCACGCCCCCCCUCCCGGCCGCCCUCGCGCCCCGCCUCCCCCGGCGGGCGCCCCCCGCGCCCCGUGCCCCCGCACCAGCAGCACCCGCCCCCGCAGUCCAACGCCGCGCUGCUCGAGGGCCUGCUCGACCUCUCUAGUCCACCCACACAAACGGCGCCUCCGAUGCCUCCCAUGAUCCCGCCAGUCCCUGCCAGCCUCAACUCCUCGGUGAUGAACAGUAUCUCGUCGUCCAGCACGACGUGGGUGGUGACGGACGCAGAGAAGGCGCUGUUCGACACGCAGUUCGCGGCGGCCGACACGGACCGCGACGGCUUCGUGUCCGGCCACGAGAUCAAGCAUGUGUUCUUAGACUCGGGCCUGCCGCAGCAGACGCUGGCGCACAUAUGGGCGCUGUGCGACACGGAGGGCGUGGGCAAGCUGUCGUGCGGGCAGUUCGCGCUGGCCAUGUGGCUGGUGCAGCGCGCGCUGCGGGGCGUGCCGCCGCCGCCCGCCCUCACGCCCGACAUGGUGCCGCCGCCCGCCGCUCAAAAGACGGAGCCGCUGAUGUCGCUGGGCCCGCAGCCGACGCCGGAGAUGGAGGCGAUAGCGCGCGAGGUGGACGCGUUGGCGCGCGAGCGACUGGCGCUGGAGGCCGAGCUGGCGGCCAAGCAGCGGGACCUCACCGUCAAGACCGGGGAGGCGGAUAGCUUGCAGAGCGAACUAGAUACCCUCACAGCAACAUUAAAACAGUUAGAAAACCAAAAAGGAGAAGCACAAAAAAGAUUGAAUGAUCUCAAGACACAGGUGGAGAAGCUCCGGUCGCAGGUGUCGGCGCAGGAGGCGGCGGCGGCCGAGACGGAGGCCGAGGUGGCGGCGCGCCGGGCGGCCGCGCACACGCUGCGGGAGAAGGAGCGCGCGCUGCAGGCCGACGUGGCCGAGGCCGACGCCGAGGCCGAGGCCAUCACCGCGCAGCUCAGCCGCACCGUGCUCGCCGUCAGCCAGGCGAACAUAAAGAUCGCGUACCUGGAGGAGCAGCACCGCCUGAUCUCGGAGGCGGCGGAGGCGCUGGCGGGCGCGGGCGCGGGCGCGGGGGCGGGCGCGGCGGCCGCGCUGCAGCUGGCGCCGGGCUUCUCGGCCGCGCAUCUGGAGCGCCUGGUGCGCGGCGCCACGCCCAACGACGCGCUCGAAGACGAGCCUUUCGCGAAAAGCAACGGCUUCGCCUCGAGCACCGGCUUCGACGCGGACCCCUUCGCGGAGCGUAAUGCUGACCCCUUCGCACCGCAGUCUGGACAGGUGAAGACGAUGCAGGACGGUUUCGGUACGUCGGAUCCGUUCGCGUCGAACGCGGACCCAUUCGCCGGCGAUGCUUUCGCCGCACAAGACAAUAAGCCUAUUGAAGAUGACCCGUUCGCGGUGCUGCACGCGCCGGCGCUGCCGCCCAAGCAGCACAAGACGCCGCCGCCGCGCCCCGCGCCGCCGCGCCCCACGCCGCUCAAGACCGACCGCCAGGCGGCCAUGGACUUCGCCGACGACCCCUUCAAGGACUACCGAUACGAGGAUCCCUUCAACAUCGAGGACCCCUUCGCCGACGUCACCGACAGCAAGCGCAACGACCCGUUCGGCCGGCCGACCUCCGUGGCCGGCUUCGAGACCGACGACUUCUUCUCGGCCAGCGCCGACCUCAACGGCGGCUUCGCGCCCCCCGACAAGCGCAGCGGCCGCGUGUCCGCCCCGCCCGUCGCCUACGACCCCUUCGCGGGCCGCGCGCAGCCCAAGCUGGCCGCGGCCGCCAGCACCGGCAACGUGGCGGCCGCGGGGGGCUGGGCCGCCUGGCCCAACGACAACUGGGCCGCCGACGACGCCUGGCCCAGCGCGCCCAACAUCCGCGCCAGCGACGCUUGGCCCGACGACGCCGCGCACAACAACACCACCACCGCCACCAGCGACUGGAAGACCGACAACUGGGCCACCAAGUCCGACAACUGGGCCGCCGACUGGGGCCCCACCGACUCCAACAAGAACCUCAACGAGACGUGGCCCUCCAACACGCUGCCGGCCAAGAAGGAGAAGUCCCCGCGGCGCGUGGCCUACGCGCGCUCGCUCGUGCACACGAUAGGCGGCAUCGGCCGCACCAAGCAGAAGGACAAGAAGGGCAAGGCCGCCGCCGCGGAGUCCGCAGCUACGGGCACGCUGCCCACGGAGGAGCAGCAGUGGGCGUGGGCGGCGGCCGAGUCGCGGCGGCUGCAGGCCGAGGCGGACGCGCGGCGGCGCCAGGAGGACGCCGAGCUGCAGCUGGCGCUGGCCCUCUCGCGCCAGGACAAGUGACCGCGCCCGCUCCCGGCACCCUAUUUAUUGCAUUUGUAAUUCGUCCAUGUUUGUUUUUCGAUAUUUUUACGCGAGAGAUUGAGGGCGAGUGUUAAAUUAGAAGAGUAAUUUAUAAAUAAAUAAUUAUACAUAAUUAUGUUGUUAAUAGCUAAAGUUCAACGCUAGCGGAUGGCAGGUCACGUGACGUCACUGUAUUGCGCGCGAGAUCUGAACACUCACUCUAAUGAUAAAUAGAACUAUGUUCAGAACGGCGAAGAAAAUCGUACAGUGAUGUCGUACAAUCACAAGUGCGGCAUCAAUUUGAAGUCGUACAUAUUGAAGGUUAGCUUUAACCAUGCAUAUUGUGAUGAAGUUAUGGUUACAUAUGCUUCAGGCAAUGAUUUAGAACUAUAUUUAACCACAGCUUGGCACAUCACAAACUGAACGCGAUCGCCAUCUAUCAUGUAAGGAAACUUAAGGUAUAUGUAUAUAAAUUUGAUAUUUCACUCGUUAUGUUUAGUUAAAUUGUUCAGCAUUCCAAAUUGAGGCAUGUAGCCGUACGAGCUAGUGGUAUGUAAUAUAAAUUGCAUAUCAGACUCAUGUGAAUCAUAAUCGGGUUGCCCCUUUACUAGGGCCCAUCGUAUAGGUGUUUGUUUAUCAAGUACUUACAAAUAGUGUCAAUGUAUAAUAGAAAAACAAGUUUUAAAUACCCGUGAUCAGUACAUAUUAAAAAUAUUGAGAUUAAAGCAUAGUCAGUUAAUGUACAGUUUUUCUUUAAAUAUACAAAAACUAACUGGCCGUCAUCUUGUAACUAAUAACGAAACUGCAAUAACGUCGACCGCGGGGCCUCGUGUAUAUGUAACUGCAGUUUGAUAAUAGAAUGAAUGUCAUAAAGUCAAAGCAAAUACGGUUCACUUUCCAAUGGCAAACUAACGUCAUAAUUUGAUGAUUGAUGCGUAAGUGAUCAAUAAAAAGAUUGGUAGUUACGUGACUUUAAAAUAUCGACGUCAAGCUCAAAAAUACACUUGCUAAUGCUGAAAUACUCUCGCUAGCCUCGUCGCGUCUGGACCCUAAUGUAUAUUAAUUUAUUUCAAAUGUUUAUAAUACAAUAAUAGUCGGGCAACCUCGAUUACUAAAUAAAUAUGGUCUAUUACAUAAUAUUCCGCUUAGGCGAAGGGGUUUUAGAUAGAAAAUGCAACAUUAUCCUAAUUUUAUUGAUUUGAUCGCUGACUGCAAAUCAACUUAAUUAUAAAAAGUAUACAAAUUGUUUCGCUAGUCAAUUUGAUUAUUGCAUGUUGAGGGCUCGAUCAAAGCGGUGUCUGGUCGUGGAUGGUAUGCGCAGUCGUCUUGUGGACGCGGUUAUUGUGGCUCAAGUAAGACAAGUGCAGCUCAAGGUUACUUACAAGUACACAUGAUCAUAUCACGAAGUUAGGCUUAGCAACUUAGAAAUGAUGGUAGUUAUAUAUAUAUAUUUAUGCACUGGUGUGUAAUGGCAUAACAUUUAACCGUAAUAACCGAUUCACUUGACGACAGUUAUAAUUAUAAAUUAAUUAAUGUUAAAGUGUAAUAUAUUGUUGUCUGCAAUCGAGGCCUAAUGACUUCCUCACUACAUUGUAUAGUCUAGUUGUAAUGUUGGCAUCACUGGCGUUGUCGGGAUACUAACGACAUACGUAUAACAGUGUUACAGUCCCGACAUGAACACUGACGCCCAAACUUAUCAGUUAAAUGUACAAUGGCUACCAAAUAAACUACUCUUUGAACAAUAAAUGUUGUUGAAACGAGUAAUUAUUUGUCGCGUCUUUAUUGCUAUUUAUCAAUUUAGAUGGUUCAGUAUAAUCCCGUGUUAGAUCGAGGCCACAGUGUAGUGGUCUCCGUCACUUUGUAAAGUAACCAUUAAUGUUCCCAGCGUAAAAUAGUAACGUGCCACCCGAACUGGUUCUUAUUGAUAUAAAGGUCUGAUAUUUAUUUCUAUUAAGGCUUCGAUCUUUUUAGAGCCGAACAGCCAAAGAUAAGAAAGCUAUUGUUUUUGCUUGUUAUCUUUAUCUUGAAUUACUAACGCUAAAGGCUCAUCAUCAAAUACAAUAUUAAACUGUAAAAUAAUACAAAAAAAUGCUUCGAUGUUAAUACUGAUUAAAUGUAAGUUACGAUACGACGAUGUAGGUGUAGCAAUGGUUGCAUACUGAAGAGAUGGUAAUGUCAUCAAUACAUCUUUAUAUUAACAUUCAUCUUUAUAAGGUCCACUCUGGCCUGGCAUCUGGACAGCUGCAAGGUGGCCGUUCAAGUCCUUGUAACACCGUCUCCAGUGUGGGACCGCUGCUAACACCUGCCUACCCACUGGUACUUGUAUAUUAAUCGCCGCAUAUUUUUUAUUCGGCGCUAUUAUUGUUUAUUUUGUAUGUUGUAUAAAUAGUUAUAAUGUCGUAUGUGAUAUGUGUGACAUUGAUUAAUUUUCUCUUUAAACUUUUGUAUUUUUUUUAAUACUGUAUACCUUUUUUAUUGUUUUAUGUAUUUAUUGUUCCUUUUUUAUUUGCGGAUAUUUUGACUUUGGAUCAAAUCUGUGGACUGACUUCGUCGGCAAGUGUGAUCUAUGGAUCAGUAGAGAUUUGAUCUGAAGUUUGAAUAUCCAAACUUUUACGUAGGUAUAACAUGGUAUCAUAGUAUUAACGUGCAAUACUUUACUGUCUAAACGAAGGUAAAUUGUCAAUGUUGCAGAUACAUUACUUGUUUUGUAUAAAAUGUGUGUGAGUUGUAUGAAAAUAUUCCAGUGUGCGAGUAUGUAUGGCAAAGUACAACAAGGUUUGUGCAAUGAGUUACUGAUUAUUUGUUAAUAUUAUGUUCAAUAGUUAUUAAAUUGUUUUAGCGACAUUUUUGGUAUACUGACGCAACUGUCAUAUAGAGGACCAUCUUUUUUUUCAUUUUUGGUUAUUCGAAAUGUUAAUUGUAGGAUUUUGAAUAUUGUAAAAAAGGUCAUUGUUACUAGUUAUAUUGUAUCAGCUAUGUUAGUAUACUGAGGUGUCUGUAAUACGCUGUUCGCGGGUUAUGUUCGUUCGCCGUUUUAAAUCCUAAUCAUGAAUGCAUUGUUUCCUUCGGACGAUAUACUAAAGACAUGCUUUAUCUCGGAGUAACAUCGCUGUAAGGUUUGGCGCUGUGUGUGGAAUAACAGCUCUAACAGUUUGGAAACUCGUGUAGUUAGGCUUGCAAUCGAAGCCUUUUGUUAUACUUAAUGAAUGUCGCAACAUACUCAAAGUACUAAUCAAUAAUCAUGAGACUUUCUACCCUAUUCGUAAGUGUCGUAAAGAUAUAUUUCGUUUGAUACUCAUCUGUUUGGUACGCUUAUUGUGAAUGAUAUCAACCAGUUUGGUUACUGUUCCCGUCCCCCUCUUUUGCUAUUUCUUAUUUAUAUCUGAUAUCCUUGUCCUCGCUUCAGUUGUUGUAUCGGUAUACAAGAUCAACACAUAGUCUCUUCGGUAGUGCCUUUCUCUAACUGUAUUAAUCGUUGCUAAUUUGUACAACAUCUUGUACUUCGAACAUGAAAGGGGUCAUCUGCGAUUAUCAUAAAAGGAUCUUCCGAUAAAUUAUAUAAAAAAGUAAUUAUGCUUCGUAAAACAACGCCGCGACGAAUUCGGAACUCGGUCGUGGUGUUACCAAAAAAAAAGUUUCUACCAAAAUGGUAGUCGAUUACUUAGCUUGUAUUACCAAUGAAUUAGCUGUGUAGUAGCAAGUUGUUUGCUUGUGUGCGCACGGGCCCAGCGCAGCCUCCCAUACAAUAACUACUUUAGUACACAACGCUUGCCGAGACAUUUGUAAAAAAGUAAAAAAAAAGCUGUACCGCGUAUGAACACUUAUGACUUCUGCAUCGUGUAUAAGUAAAAAUGUCUCCGCAAGCAGCGGUUAGUCAAUAGGUUAUAAAUUAAUGAUGUAAUUGUAAAGUAAACGUGUAACUAUUAAAUACCGAUGCGUUUAUGGGUAUUAUCCUAAUGUUGUUAUCUCUUUCUUAGGCGCUGUUGUUUGUGGCUCGGCGGGCCGCGCGGACCUCGCGCCUUCACUAGCGACUGUAGAUACCUCGACAUAUGCAUGCCAUUUGUGUAGUGUAAAUCUAUGAAAAUAUUUAAAGCUGACGAUGAUUUUAUCAAAUUUCUAUUACGUUGUUGAUAUUGAAGAUAUAUAUAUUUUCUCGUAGUCAAUUACUUUUUCUAAUAUAUUUUUGUACGUUCAUGUUAUAGCGUCCGCGCGGUCCGGCCGACCCUUGUCUGUUAUCAAGUAUACAUUAUAAUGUAUGUACCUUUCCGUGAUAGCCGAAUAAAACUAAACUUUAAAUUUCAUCGUUGACGUGUAUAUGUGUAUUUAAAGCUAAAUUAAAAUAAAGGAAGUAAAUUUGAUAAAUACAGGUUAAUGUAAGCUUAAGGCGGUAGUGACGGUGCGCGGGACCACUCGCCCUGUCUCCAGCUCCAAGUGACGUGUACAGUGACCGGCGCCAACAGUCUGCGCUCACCGCAACUGCUCAGUAUUAGGAGGGACCGCGCGCCUUAGCUUGUUAGUAUAGACAAAUAUAUAAUCGUUCACGUUAUAGGAAGGUUAUAGAGACCAGGAUUGUCGCGCGACAGUAUGCUGUUGGCUCGAUAGCGGAGCGUAGCGUAGGCGGAGGACUGUUGAGUAGGAACCCUGAACAAGUAGACGACAUCCCGAACGUUGAAUUUAAAUCUCCCAUCGUUGUUGUAACUAUUGUAACUAAUAUUAUCGCGUAUGAAGAUGUAAUGUUUCGUUAAGUCGGUGUACGCUCUCGUUUUAUAUGAUUAGCGACUUACUCACAGCUUUUGUAUGUGCAACGAAUAUGUAAGAUGUUUUCUAUUCAUGUUUCUCGCUGUUUCUGUGAAACAGUACGACUCUGACGGUUGCGCGGCGGCUCGCGGCUGCGCCCACCUCCGCGCUAUACUCUUGUUAUCUGUUACAAAUUAUUUAUACUAUAAUCUUUAUGAAAGUUAUUUUUGUGUUAAUGUUUUCUCAUCGCUCGUCGAUAAAUUCAUAUCUUUAAGAACAAUGUGAAGUUGUUGUUCCUUAUCGGUUUCCUGUUCUUACUUAUUGUGUAGCAACCCAGAUACUCGUUUGCGAAGCAACGUUAAACAAUCUAUUAUUAUAGUACAAUAUCUCAUAUCACGUUUGCUUUACUAGGGGAAGUAUAAAUGAUUGUUCUGACGGUACAAUAACUAUCUAAUAAUAAUCAAAUUCUUGUGAUUUAGCGUCGUAUUUAUAUAUAUGUAUAUGGGGUCUUGCCCGCGACUGUCACAGCGAUCACUCCGUAGCAUGGGUGCUGAUUGCUCUAACUCCGGUGACAAGACCACGACAUGUUCGUAUCUCGCGCAACUCGGCGGUUUAUGCUAUUAAAAACGAAAUGGCAUUUUUACAUGUAGGGUAGCAGUAAACACGUAGGGACACAAGUGCCCGUCAUGUGUAUCCAUCGCCUCGUAUCUCUGGGCCUCUACGUCGAGCGAGUAGCCCAUGUCGUCACUCUGUCGAGCCACAUAUCGCCUGCAAGCCUGCAUGCGGCGCGGCUCAGCUUUUAGUUCGCGCUAUUGUAAAACGACUGCAUUUUUUACCAGAACACAAUUUUGUUUUUAUACUCGAAACUGAUUUCGUACUAUACAACAAUAAGCUUAUAAAAUAAUAUCAAUAUAUAUAAUUGUUUAAUGCACAUUGUUCUAGUAAAAUGCAAGAAUAGAAAAUUCUACUAAAUAAGUAACCUAUAUUGAUUAUAUAAAAUUAAAUAAAUGUUUAUAUAAAGUAAAAGUUGUGUACGUUUGUAACAAUUUAGCGUGUACGACCAAAUUAUUGAUUCAUUGUCAGUCACGGCGGUUGCGACGUCGUGUCGACGGUACUAGCACCAACAACACGACCUAAUGCUCAUUUGUAUCAUUUCUUGGCUGUGUUUUGUUGCGACAUUAUUAUUUUCCUGCAGCGCAGUGGAAGUUUUUGAAUGAUUAUACUGGCAACACUGGCCGCUUUUCAACUCGCCACAAACUUAGUAUUCAAGUUCUUGUAGAAAAAUAAUAAUUUAUUAUAGAUUUAAUGAAACAUUUGUAAUAGAUUUGUUGCGGAUUUGAAAGUGGCCAGCUGUGAGCCCUUAUUAUAAUUGUGUAUUUGUUGUACUCGUAUCGUGUGUAUGAGAAGCAGUUGGUUUCAGUAUCAGGUCGUGCAUUCGUCAUUACCCGCUGACAUGUAUUCACUGUAUGGAACUAUGAUAUUAUAUUAAUAUGAAAACAAACAAUUCCUGAGAUAAUAAAAGAGGAAAAUAUUA